CUCCCUCCGCUGGUAAACAAAAACAACACGGAAGCGACAGAAAGGUUCAUAUAGUGUUCAGAUGAGGCUGUUUCUGUGUUUUAUCCGUCAGUGUGUGCUGAUGGUGUCGCCCCCGGUGUAAGUGAAUCGGUGGACCCGCUGUUGUCAGAGGAAGAAGAAUGGCAGACGAAGCUCCGUUCCAGUUUCUACAUAACGAAGUGAUACAGUACAUUUCCAAGUCCGCUGAGAAAGGAGAGACGGAAAAUGGAAGAAAUAUCACCAAACUGGAGAAUAUGGGCUUCAGAGUCGGCCAAGGACUAAUAGAGAGACUGACUAAAGACACUUCACGGUUCAAAGACGAGCUGGACAUCAUGAAGUUCAUCUGUAAGGACUUCUGGACCUGUGUGUUCAAGAAGCAGAUAGACAACCUUCGAACUAAUCACCAGGGCAUCUAUGUUCUCCAGGACAACAAGUUCCGACUGCUGAGUCAGCUGUCAGCUGGUAAACAGCACCUGGAACAUGCCCCAAAGUACCUGUCCUUCACCUGUGGUUUGGUGAGAGGAGCUCUGUCCAACCUGGGAGUGAAGAGUAUUGUGACUGCUGAGGUGUCCGUCAUGCCUGCGUGUAAAUUCCAGGUCAUGAUCCAGAAAAUGUAGCAGCCAGCAGAGGCCACACUCUCUUUCUUUUGCCUUCAUAUGUCAUUGUGUUUUGUCGUUAAAGGGAAAUUACACCCAUCUUCAGCAGUACAAUCACUUCUCUGCAUUUUGGAGAUGACAUUGAUGAUUGCAAAAAUUUAAACUGUAAACUUGCAGCAUCCAGAUAACAGUCUGACCAAUUGUCAUUAUCAUAUCACACUUUCCAAUGCCAUAAUGAUUAUUUCUGAGAAUGAUGAUAUAGUAAUGUUAUGUAUUUUAUAUAAAGUCUAAAUGUUUUUCACUAACUAAAUGUGUGACUGUGUAUUGCCGGUAAAAAGUACACUUCAGUGUGUCAGUUUGAAUUGAUGCACAGUAUAGAAACUGUUAAACCAUUAAAAAAUAACUUUGAUACUGAUGGAUAUCAAAAUAAAAUAUUGGUAAUGAUCAAUAAUCAUGUUAGGGUUUAUCAUUCUAAUACAUGCAUAUUGCCUACUAGUUCUAUGAUCAUUAGAGUUAAUUUGCUUCUCAGAAACCUGUUUUAUGUGUAAACAAUUCAUAAUAUGACAAAAUAACAAUAUGCAGAACAAUAUGCAUUAAUGUAUAAAUGAGAUAGUUAAUGCAUCACAUUUGAGCUGUUUUUGGUUGUAUAUCAUUGUACAGCACUUUUGCCAACCCUGGAUGUUUUAAAUGUGCUUUAUAAAUGAACUCGAUUUGAUUGGAAACAUAAAAAUGAGGACGUGAGGGCAGCUAAGCAGCUCAGAACACAACAGCGGCCCCGCCCGCCCCAGUCUGUUUUGAUAUGGUAUGUGAAUACAUUUGACCAGUGAUAUAAGACAUGAGAAGCUCUCAGAGUGAAAAAGUUACCCCUGGUAUAAAGACACAGUAGCACUAAUGAUGAUCAGUAAUCCUGUUGAAGCAUGAAAAUGCCCAAACUGUUUCAAUUUCAGGUGUUUGUUUGAACUUGGAUUCCAGGUUGAAACAGCUGUAAUAAAUUCCAGUAUUAAAUCUC